UUCCCCCCCGAUUUCAGCCCCCCUUUCUCCCCCGGUGCCCCCCGUUAUCCCUUUUCCCACCCCAUUUCCCCUCCUGUCCCUCUCCCGGUGCCCGUCCCGUGCCCGGGACACCCCGUUUUCCCCCGUUAUCCCCCUUUUCCAGCCCCGUUUCCCCCGGUUACCCCCUUUUCCAGCCCCAUUUCCCGGUCCCGGUGCCCACCCCGUGCCAGGGACACCCCAUUUCCCCCCGUUAUCCCCCUUUUCCAGCCCCGUUCCCCCCGUUAUCCCCCUUUUCCAGCCCCGUUCCCCCCCGUUAUCCCUAUUUCCAGCCCCGUUCCCCCCAGUUAUCUCCCUUUUCCAGCCCCGUUCCCCACCGUUAUCCCCCUUUUCCAGCCCCGUUCCCCCAAUUAUCCCCCUUUUCCAGCCCCGUUUCCCAAUCCCGGUGCCCACCCCGUGCCCGUUUCCCCCGGUUAUCCCCCUUUUCCCGUCCCUUUUCCCGAUAUCCUGCCCAAUUCCCGCCCCGUUUCCCUCCCCUGGCACCACCCCCCUGGCACGGGCCGGGCCAUGGCGGCCCCCGAGGGCACCGCGGGGAUAUUCCAGGCUCUGGAAUGCGGCGGCGACGACCCGCAUUCCAUGGGAUGGGCUCCCAUUCCCGUCCUGCGCCAGGUUUUGGCCACCUGUGUUUAUCCCGAACUUUUGGACACGGACACGUUUCCCGAGGCCGUUCGGGGCCGGGCCCGCCGGAUCCUGCGGGAGAUGGACAGCGGGAAUAUCGGUGGGUACAACCACGAGCACCGAUCCCGGUGUGUUCCCGAGCGCGUGUCCCGGUUCCUGGAGCGGCGGGACGGGAUCCCCUCGGACCCCAAAAACAUCAUCCUGUGCAGCGGCACCGCCUCCAUCCUGACGGUCAGUCCCUUCCCUUCCCAAACUCCAGGGAAUUCCAGCCUUGGAAAAACCCCCGGCCUGACCAUGAGGAAAAAAAAAAAUCCCACCGUUUUUUUAUCUCCCUUAUCCGGCCGAAAAAAAAAAAAAAGCCCCCCCCAAUCUCCGGCUCUGGAACUGGGAUCUCUUAAAACUUCCCCACAUUCCUAUAAAAAAAAAUCCAAAAUUUUUAUUCCUCGCCCCGACGGGUCCCGUUGUCCCUCCUUCCCUCGGCAGUUCGUGCUGUCUCUGCUGGUCGAUCCCCGCUCGGCGGUGCCCACGGGGGUCCUGGUGCCCGUGCCGGGCCCCCCCCUGGCCGCGCUGGCCGCGGGGCUGGCGGGGGCCGUGCCCAUCCCGUACCCCCUGGAGGAAUCCCGGGAAUGGGCCCCGGACGUGGCCGCGAUCCGCCGGGAGCUGCGGGACGCGCGGGGCCGCUGCACCCCCAAAGUGCUCUGGGUCGUCAACCCUGGGGACCCCACGGGCCAUGUUCUCAGCCGCCAUUCCAUGCUGGCCCUGCUGUCUCUGGCGUUCGAGGAGCCGCUGCUGCUGCUGGUGGAUGAGGUGGGGCAGCCCCAGUGCCCCCAGUGCCCCCAGUGCCCCUUGGCAGCCCCCCUGCCCUGGCCCAGUGCCCACCCCAUUCCCAGGGCACUCCCUGCCCCAUUCCCACCCCAUUUCCUCCCCAUUAUCCCUUUCCCCACCCCACUAUCCCAGACCCAUUCCCAGCCCGUUUCCCAUCCCCAGGUGCACCAGGAUCGCUCCUUCUCCCCGGAUCGCCCGUUCGUGUCGUUCCGCCGGGCUCUGGCUGAGGCCGGGCCCCCGCUCUCCUCCUCCGUCCAGCUCGUCUCCUUCUACUCCCUGUCCAAGAGCGCCGCCGGAGAGUGA